AUGGUGGUUAUGGUUGCUGUGUUAUUGUCGAUUUUUCUAGGGCUGACAGGAAUGAAACACCGUGAGGAGUUGUCUUCAAGAUACCGUAGCAUGUCUUCAUAUUAUCCCUGGAGAGCAUACCUUCCUACCCUACCCGAAUCCAUAAGCUCGUCGUUCAAGACACCCUCGAACUUGACGCUACAGAUUGAAAACGGCCAAAUCGACCAUGUACCGGCAAAACUUAAAAAAACGACGCCCAACUUCCACCUCAUCAUGCAGGUCGAGUACGAUUCACACAACUUUUGCAAAUCGACGCUGUCUGCCAUGUUGCUCAACUAUCCUCCACCGACUAUGGUGCAGUUAAAUUCUGGUUAUGCGACGAGUGAAAAACGACACGAGGCGAUUCUCAAUGACACGCUGCAUUACCUGAGCAACACGAAGUUGGUCAAAGACAAGGAUUUGGUGCUGAUGGUUGAUGCGCAGCAGACAUGGUUCCAGCUUCCAAGCGAUGUGAUGAUUAAGCAGUACAAGCAGUUACUUGAAGAUAGCAAUUUACGGUUGUUGAAGAGAUAUGGAACUGACGAGAACGGGGUUCAGAAGUUCAACCAGACCAUUGUAUUCGGAGCAGAGAAGAUGUGCGAGGGAGAUGACAAGGCGUGCAAAUAUGUGCCACUGUCGCCAUCUCCCGACAACUUGUACACUACUGAGACUGGCCGGCUGAUUUCAGACACGCCCGCCAAAUUUAUCAACGCCAGGAUGGUCAUGGGUCCGGCAAGAGAUUUGAGAGAGUUGUAUGAGGCUGCACAGAAGAAGUUUCUGGAUCGCAAGAGUCAGUCGCCGACCAUUCAGUCCGUGUUUGCUACACUAUUUGCAGAGCAACAGUUGAGUCGCGAUGCCGUCGAGGUAGAAACCAUAUCUGUCGGCGCAAAAUUCAGAAACUUCUUCGACGGCGGAUCCAGGAAAUCAGCAGCUAGACACAGACUAAAACAAGCAAAGCUUGAGCUCGAACUCUCCAAUUUCACGAGACAGGAAUUCUCCAUUGGCCUCGACUACGCCCACACCCUCUUCCAGCCCCUCCUCUACACCACCCCAGACGAACUCAUCCCCAUCGUCCACAGUAAAAAUAACAACCUGACCGCCUACACCGACUUCAACCGCGACCCAUCACAUCUCUCCCCUCCAGCCGCCCUUGACAACGCAAACACACCCUUCUCGCGUCCAGACCCCGCAAAAACCAGUCUCUCCCCGCACACCCAUUCCACACAUAUUAAAAACCUCGAGUACGACCCAAACAUCGACACCUUACCCGACCGCAACGUCCGUUGGACCGACGUCCCCUUGAUCCAAAACACCUACACAGGCGCUAUCCCCGCUGCCCUAUCUGCACAGUUACCUCGCGAACCCAACCUCGCACCCUCGAAGAUAACGUGGGAUUCGCUUUGGUACGCAAAGUACAGACGCGCGUUACUCCGCGUGUACUUCCGCGCGCCGCAGUCUGCAGUCGGAUACCAUGAGUCUGCCGUGGGCGGGGAUCGCAUGUGGGAUGCGCGCGGGGGACGCGGUGGGGUGUGGACGGCGGUGGAGCAGAGCUGGUUUCCUUGGGGCGAGGCGGAUGGGGUGUGUGGAGCGGUGGUGGAUAUGAAGGGCGUAUUUGAUGAUGGGAAGGGGGUGUGGUUGCAUGAAGGGGAGGCGGAUGGGGAGGCGAAGAGGGCGGGACUUAUGAUGAAGGUGAGGUUGAGUGGGUCGGUACAUAGUAGAGGAUGGGUUGGGUAG